AACGCAUUCAAAAUAGCAUUUAGUUCCUUAGUAGUUAAGUCCACAGUCCACAUCACUGCCGGGUCAUGUCGCGCGUAGUGCACGUUCUACGAGCCGGUAAGCUGGGCUAUCAAAAAUCGCUGAAUCUCCAAAAAGCCGUGUCCUCAACCAUUCUAAACGACCAAACCGGUCCGCUGCAUAAUGUACUCAUCCUGACCGAGCACGACCCUGUCUAUACCGUCGGAAUCCGGACGAAAGCCUACGGACCGGAAGAGGAACAUCGACUCAAGGCGCUGGGAGCCGAAUUCUUUCGUACCAACCGCGGAGGUCUUAUUACGUUCCAUGGUCCGGGGCAGCUGGUGGCCUAUCCGGUGUUGAAUCUGAAGAACUUUCAACCCAGCAUUCGGUGGUACGUUUGCCACAUUGAGAAGACAAUGAUCGAGAUGUGCCGGAGGUAUGGCAUACAGGCCGGUACAACUCAGGAUACGGGAGUUUGGGUGGGGGACAGGAAGAUUUGUGCCAUCGGAAUACACGCCAGCAGGUACGUUACAACCCAUGGGUUGGCUUUGAAUUGCAAUAACGAUCUGGGGUGGUUUGAGCAUAUCGUUCCCUGUGGGAUCGAAGGCAAGGGGGUAACUUCACUUAGUGGGGAAUUGAAUCGAGAGAUGGGGGUAGCGGAUGUGACGCCAACAUUUUUAGACAGUUUUCGGGACAUUCUAGAGUGUGAUUUGGUAGAGUUAGAACCGGAGAAGCAACGCGAAAUUUUAGGGCAACUCGAGUAG